AUGCCAGAUAAUAUGCCCACUACACAUGGUGGGAAUACCACCCUUGAAUUGUUAGCGCAGUACAAUGACCACAGGUCCAAAAAGGAUAAAUCUAUAGAACAUAUCGAAAAAGGAACAUCAUCAGAGAAAGAAAAAAAGCCCACGUACGAUGAAAUCUUUACGGAGAAUAUUAAACUGAAAUUACAAGUCCAAGAAUAUGAAACUGAAAUUGAGAGUUUAAAAAAAGUGAUUGAUAUUUUGCAAAAAAAUAGAGAAGCUUCCCUAGAAGUGGUACUAGAACAAGUUCAAGAUGAUUCGAGAGAUUCACAGGUUACUGAACAAUCAUUCGUGUUACCUCCAAGAUCUGCUGAAAGAAAAACCCAUAUUAAAAGUCUCAAUUUGUCAAUACCGACACUAUCUCCUCCAUUGCAACAGGGCUCAGAGGUGCCUAAUGAAACAAGUGUAACGCCUACGAUACCUCAAAUAGACAUUACAUCGAACACUUCAAUAAGCAGAAAGCAUCUACAAAAUAUGAUACUUAAUGAAGAAAUAGAAACAAGUAGUAUCUACUCAUCCCCCAAAAUUAUCAAUAGAUCUGUUUCAAGUCCUACACAAGUAAAUUCAGAACAGUUGGCAAGCCCAGCUGCUUCAGUCACCUAUACGACGUCCAGAAUAACCAUAAAAUCGCCCAACAAAGGUCCAAAAUCUCCAUUGCAAGAACGUUUGCGUUCUCCACAAAAUCCUAACAGAAUGACGGCUGUCAUCAACAAUCAUUUACAUUCUCCAUUGAAGGGUAAUACUUCUAACAAUUUGGAUGAACUGACUGAAAGUAAAACUCAACCACCUAAUAGCUCGAUACAAAAGAAUGACCGUGCUCAUUCUUCUGUAACAUCAUCUGCAUAUACCACUGGAACCCCUUCAACAAACAAGAGCCCAUCAUCUCUUUUAGAAAUCAAAGAGGGUGAUAACAAGACAUUAAGUUUCUCUCCAGCAUCCAAGGAAAAACUUGAUGACUUCACCCAAUUACUCGACACAUCUUUUGGCGAAGAAGAUGUAGUCAAUGCCGACAUAAAAGAUCCUGUAAUCACAGAACCAACGAUGAAUAAAUCUUUACCUCCACCCCCAGCGCCCCCAACUUUUUUUUCUCCUAUUCCUAGUGGAAAUGUGAGAAACGAAACUCCUUUAUCAAGUCGUUUGGCUUCACCGGUCAUCUUGAACAAAAAGGAUGAUACUUUUAGUGCUAGUAGCGGAAGAAAUCAGAAGAAUCCCGCGUCAACUUCCUCAUUUAACAGCUCUUCUACGAAAUUGUCUACUCUGAAUCAAAAUAUUUCUCUUCCUCCGAAUCCAUCAGCGGAAAGUGCAUCCAAGCAAAGGCAAUCCGUUGAAACGGCGUCCAUCCAUUCAACAAAUACUACGAAUACAUUUAGCUCGACACCUCAAGGAUCUUUGAAAACGUUCAGAAGACCUCAUGCAAGCAGUGUAAGUACAGUGAGGUCUGUUGCCCAAAGUCUUAAAUCGGACAUUCCGUUGUUCGUUCAACCAGAGGAUUUUGGUACCAUUCAGAUUGAAGUAUUAAGCACACUUUAUAGGGAUAAUGAAGAUGAUCUAUCAAUCUUGAUUGCCAUUAUAGACAGAAAAUCCGGUAAAGAGAUGUUCAAAUUUUCAAAAUCCAUUCACAAAGUUCGUGAAUUAGAUGUAUAUAUGAAAUCACAUGUCCCUGACUUGCCAUUACCAACAUUACCUGAUAGACAGUUAUUCCAAACUUUAUCACCUACAAAAGUAGAUAAGCGAAGAAACAUUUUAAAUCAAUAUUACACAAGCAUAUUCAGUGUUCCCGAGUUCCCACAAAAUGUUGGCCUAAAAAUUGCUCAGUUUAUUAGCACAGAUACAGUAAUGAAACCUCCAAUAAUGGAUGAAAAUGUGAAAGACGGAUCGCUUUUACUGAGAAGGCCAAAAACUUUAACAGGCAAUAGUACAUGGAGAGUUCGAUACGGUAUCCUACGUGAUGAUGUGUUACAACUAUUUGAUAAAAAUCAGUUGAUGGAAACAAUUAGGUUGAGGCAAUCUACAAUAGAACUCAUACCCAAUCUUCCCGAAGAUAAAUUUGGAACGAGAAAUGGGUUUUUGAUCACUGAGCAUAAGAAGAGCGGGUUGUCAACUUCCACCAAAUAUUUUAUUUGUACCGAAACGUCAAAAGAACGUGAAUUGUGGCUUUCUGCGUUUAGUGAUUAUAUUGACUCUUCACAAAAUUUAUCAUUAUCUAACUCAAGGAGUGCAAACGAGACAGAAUAUUUAUCUCAUUUGAGUGCAGGUCAGCAUUAUCCCAAAUUUGGGAACGUGACUACCUCAUCAACUGAGGCAUCAUCUUAUGUUACUGACUUGACACAAUAUAGCAGUAGUCAUAACAACAACAAUAACAGUUCCAUGGCUAAUAGUGAUAUUAUCGAUACGAAUUCAUCUGCUCAUUCUAAUUCUCUUGCUAGUUCAACCGUUAAUACGGAUGAGGAGAAAGAUAGCAGAAGAGCUAAAAUGAGAAGUUUAUUCCCAUUCAAAAAGUUAACGGUUCCGGCAAAUGCAAUGAACCAUAUCGGAAUUACAAUGUCAAAUGAUUCUGAUUCUCCAACAUCCCCUGACUCCAUCAUUAAAUCACCAAGCAAAAAAUUAAUGGACAUGCCAACUUUAUCGAAUUCUUCUCCAAUGUCGCAUUCGUCCGCUACAGUAUUUGGAUCUUCGCUAGAAACAUGUCUAAGACUGAGUUCACAUAAGUAUCAAAGCGUUUACGAUUUACCAAGUGUAGUUUAUCGUUGUCUAGAGUAUCUUUACAAGAACCGCGGUGUCCAGGAAGAGGGCAUAUUUAGAUUAAGCGGGUCCAGUACAGUCAUCAAAACUUUGCAGGAAAGGUUUGAUAAAGAAUACGAUAUAGAUUUGUGCCGUUAUAAUGAAAUUAUUGAAUCCGGGGAUGACGAAGCCUCUCCAAGCCUUUAUAUUGGCGUAAAUACGGUGAGCGGACUGCUGAAAUUGUACUUGAGAAACUUGCCUCAUUUAUUAUUCGGUGAUGACCAAUUUCUGUCCUUUAAAAGGGUAGCAGAUGAAAAUCACAAUAAUCCUGUCCAAAUUUCACUAGGAUUUAGAGAAUUAAUUAAAUCAGGCGUAGUUCCUCAUGCUAAUGUAUCAUUGAUGUAUGCCCUUUUUGAAUUAUUAGUAAGGAUCAACGAGAAUAAUAAGUUCAAUAAGAUGAAUUUAAGGAACUUGUGCAUUGUAUUUUCUCCAACUCUAAAUAUUCCAAUUAGUAUGCUUCAACCAUUCAUUACUGACUUUGCGUGUAUAUUUCAGGGUGGAGAGCCAAUUAAAGAAGAGGAAAGGGAGAAAGUUGAUAUACACAUUCCUCAAGUUUGA